CACUCUCCUCUUGUUUCAGCCAAUCACAGACGCCAAAACUGUUGUACAUUAAACGGGCCCUGAACUCGUACACAGGUAGAGCACAGCGCUUAGGAAAGGCAUGGCGAUGAACGGCACGGCUGACAUCUUGUCCUCGGCGUACCUGGCCGUGGAGUUUGUGGACUCGUUGCUGCCUCAAAACCCGCUGCAGGAGCCUGUGAAGCAGGCGUGGAACCACAUGCUGCAGAACUACAGCAAGUUCCAGAUCGCCACGUGGGGCUCGCUCAUCGUGCACGAACUGGUCUACUUCCUGUUCUGUGUACCGGGCUUCCUGUUUCAGUUCAUACCGUUCAUGCAGAGGUUCAAGAUUCAGCAGGAUAAACCAGAAACGUGGGAGAAACAGUGGAGGUGCUUCAAGAUGCUGCUGUUCAGUCACUUCUGCAUCCAGCUGCCUCUCAUCUGCGGGACGUAUUACUUCACUGAGUACUUUAACAUCCCUUACGACUGGGAGUCCAUGCCCCGCUGGCCGUAUCUGUUAGCUCAGUGUUUCGGCUGUUCGGUGAUUGAGGACACAUGGCACUAUUUCCUGCAUCGAGCUCUCCAUCACCGCAGAAUCUACAAAUACAUCCACAAAGUUCACCACGAGUUCACAUCUCCGUUCGGGAUGCAGGCAGAAUACGCUCACCCUCUGGAGACGCUGAUCCUGGGCGCCGGCUUCUUCAUCGGCAUCAUGGUGUUCUGUAAUCACAUGGCACUCUUAUGGGCGUGGGUCACCAUCCGUCUCCUGGAGACCAUUGAUGUGCACAGUGGAUAUGAUAUCCCUCUGAACCCGCUGCACUUGAUCCCCUUCUACGCCGGCGCACGUUUCCACGACUUUCACCACAUGAACUUUGUGGGUAAUUACGGCUCCACCUUCACCUGGUGGGACCGACUGUUUAACACCGACGACCAGUACAGCAGCUACACGCAGAAACAGAGCCUGAAGAAAAGCGAGUAACACACACACACACACACACACACACACACACACACACACUUCUUACUAAUGUGUUUCACACUGGACUGAACAGAUAUCAAUGCAUCAACACCAGCAACUUACACUCAUAUCACCACAGUGUGCCUUUCAAUUAUAAAGAGAGCCAAAUAGACAGAACUAUACACACUUGUCUUUAAAAACAAAUCCUUUCGCAAAUGACCGUGCAUAUAGCUUGUAUUUUGUGUAUCAGUAUUUCUAUUUUGCUUUGAAGACAAGCGUUAACAGACUUUAGUUUGUCUGUUUAAAAAAAGGGAAACAACACACACACACACACACACAUGUAUUCAUGGUAUCUGUGCCUCAUAUGUACGAAAUAAUCACAAGAAUCAGUGAUGCAAACGUUCGUCACUAUAAAAUAAUAAGGACGUCAUCCCUGAAAGCACUUUGGAUAAAGAGUUUUGUCUUUUCAUGUUGAUUUGUUAUUGUUUUUGUUUCUGUGAAUGUCUUUUCUGAGUUUCCUGUGAUAACAGAGGAUGAUUUAAAAGUCAUUUUAUCAUACACCGUUAUAUUACACACCAUGAUUAUAUUAUAUACUAUUUCCAUAAGCAACAGCAACAGCCUCUAUAUUGUAAUAAAGACCAAAUAAACUGUAAAGGAACCUUGCUUUUGUGU